AUGGAAGCUGUGCGCAAGAAGAACAAGUCGAAAAGAAAAGCGACUCAAGCGAAAGCUGAUGACAGGACGACGCACGACUUGCUGUCGAAGCUUCCUGCAGUGCCACAGGACGAUGUACUCGGAACAGCUGAUUCGUCCGAAAUGGAAAAUGAGGGACGUUUUCCGGAAGUUGAAUCCGUGCAACACAGACUCGCAGAAGAAGAAAACUCGGGCAGCGAAUCUUUGGCUGAUGAACGCGAAGCGUCCAUACCUGAAGCAGGAGAAACUCGUGAUAAUGAAUGCCUUAGUAUGAAUGCGGAAUGCGUUCGUAUCGACGAUACCGCGACCCUCCCUUCGGCUGUGGAUCAUGAACAGGAUGACAAUCAAAAUAUGGAUAAUGAAGACGUACAAAGCCCCGAACCGGAGCGAGCCGAUGAUAGACAACAGGUAUUAUCUCCGGCGAUCUGUAAUGAAAUACUCCAACAAGUCCCCGCGGCGCCGUUGGAAGAGCACGAUGAUAUCAUAGAGAACGGCACUCAUCUGUACCCUUCAUUGGACUCGUUUCCCGCCGGAGCUCAAAUUCUUUGUAACGCCCCACCCUGUGAGGACCCGAUGCCGGAACAGGAGCUCCCUUCGGAAAUCGUGACACCGUCAGCUCCACUGCUCUCGGGCGAUCUCCCGAGCCCUGGCGAGGCACCGUUGGAACUACCGCCGCUCAAAGAAAUCAACCUCAGCCAGCGGAAAGCUCUCACAAGGGUUUACCCCGAAGUGGAUUUUGAAGAGAUCAGAGUGCUCCCCAUGACAGAAGCUGAUAUAAUGCGCAUAAAUCAGGGAGUUCUCCUCCACCAGAAAGAUCGAUUGGAGGAUACAUUCAUAGACAUGUAUAGUGAAUCUAGAUUUCCCGAGCACGAACUAUACAAAUUGCUGACUUUGUACUACGCCGAGAGAAGCGCACUGUCUAAAUGCUCUCAGAAGAUCGACGAAAUAGUCGAGAGGACAAAAGAGCUCGAGGCGAAAGUCUGGAGUAUGGGCCGGGGACAGGUCUCAGCUUACGAUCGGUGCGGAGACAACACCUCUAUAGAGAAGAGUCAUGAGUAUGAGAUCUCGACCUAUGAAAAGCACCAAGCACAACAAUUGAAUCAUGAGCUGAGAGUCUUGGAGGAAGUCUUGCGAGGGGAAUACGCGACAAAGAACCAUUCUGCACAAGUCCUGAAAACUCAAGUAGAGCAACUAGUGAACAAAAGACUGAUCCCCUUCCGUGCCAUUCCCAAGAACGAUCCCGUUCCGAAAAUCGUAAUUAUUAUCCACUGCUCGGGAAAGUUUCGAGCUCUCCUCUAUGUCUCGUCAGGGAAACAUCAAUGGGGUCGUGAGCAGGAAGAAGCGAAGGAGACCCUGAGGGAAAUGAUUUCGAUCCUCUUCUGCUUCGUGCGGAAACCCUUCGACGACUCAGCCUACGUUAAGCAGAUCCGUCAUUGGUUGAAGUCGUCCGUCGCCGUGCUUCUGAGAAUGGCAUCUCUAGAAGAUCAUUUCUUCAUCGCAUCGCAUGUGCUGAGGUGCCCUCGAGGGAUCAAUAAAUGGGCGACCGACAUGGUGCAUAUCCCACCGGUGGAUAGUUGGUCCGGGAGUCAGGAUUGGUCGUCGUACGAUUUCAAGCCGGGCGUGGUUUUCGACUACGCCAUGUUAGUGCUGAGUCUGAUCUGCAAUCCAAUCAAGGAUCGUGAGAACUUCCUCAGCGCCCUGAAAGCGAUCAGCGAAGAAACUCCAAGCGAUUCGUGGUGCAUCCUGGACAGCGACGGCGAGAACGACCUCACUAUGGAAAGUCUCUAUCUGGAUUGGGACGAAUCUGACGUGGUGGAGCUUCUGCAUCAGAUCCCGUUCGGCGACAUCUUCAAGUACAUGCUCCUGGUCGACACGGUCUACGACAGCGAGAGAGCGAACGAGGAACAAAUUCUCAAGCUCAUCUCGUUCUCAACACAUCUGGUGAACAUACUCCACCAGGGUCUUCGAACAUACCACCACGUAAGGUACCGGGAUCUGACCAAGAGGAUAAGUCGCCUCAUCCGUCAUUGUGUGGAGUAUCUGUCGGACCACUGGGAGGCGUUCCUCGCGGACAAGCCCCAGACGAACGGGCUCAUUGUCAUCCAGGUAGAAUACGAUCAAUUUCUGCUCCGCGCUGUGAACUCGAUCUUCUACUCGGAAUCGUUGGGAGCAUGGCAAUUCAUGGCGGCGCUCCCCUACAAGAACGUUUCGCACGGAAUCAUGUGGCAAUUGUUAUGGCUCCUCCACAACAACUACAGGGAGGACGUUCAGCUGGUCGACAUGAGGGUCCACGAGAUCGCCAAGCAGCUGCAGAACAACAACAAAUUAGAGGAGAAAAUCGAUCAGAUGGACGAGGACGAGGUUUACUACCUGUUGACAACGUUCACCAACAUGGCCAUAUCGCGUGAAAUAGCCAACCGAGCCUUCAUCCAUACGGUGGUCGUUGAGGUUUUCAACAUAUCGUACAUCCACGUGAGGCUGCGACAGACCUACUGCAAGACGGGACGUGAGCUCCUGUCCGGUCUUGUGAGCAAACAUCCUUUCGUGAUGUCGGUGCUGCUCGAUCAAAUACAUCAACACAUCGAGAAAGUAGGAAACAUGGCCUGUUAUCUGUUCAGCGACUUCGACAUCUCGGCCUGGGUGCCCGAGGAUGAGGACCUGUCCAUCUUGAAGGAGUUCCUCGUCGACAGCGCUCUCACGAGUCCCCAGAACGCCUUGGCUCGGCAGAUCCUGCUCAAUAUGAACUAUGGCUACGACGAGAAAAAUCGACAACUCUUCCUUCCCGAGCACUACCAUCAGAAAGUCAGCCUCAUCCUUCUGGGCGCCUACGAGGCCCAUUAUCUCCCGUUCGAUAAAACCGGGUACGCCUACAAACAGUUCAAAUACAUUUCCGACUACGCGCUGGGCACGAAGCAGGCGGCCACGCCCGACGGCUUCAUUCAGUAUCUGUGGGAUAUAAUGUUCCGGCUGCACUUGCACGUGUUCGAUUAUCCUCAUCCGGCUCAAUGGCGAUUGAUAACCGACGACGAUCCGCCAAUCGGGAUCGCCCAUUCCCUCGAAAACACCGAUGGGCUCGAAAUCCUUCGCAAAGGAGUUCUCGAAGGAAUGCCGCCGGCUCUCUACAUCGCAUUGAUGAUCUGUUCCGUGGGUCACUAUCGGGAGGAUAUCGCCGGGAGAGGAAUACAGUUCGUGGUCGAGCUAACUCUCAAAGAACAAUUCACCGCAGCCGUCGAGGCCAUCAGUCGGGUUUCGACGGUUUUCAUCUCGAAACCGGAUCUUCUAGUGACCAACCACAGAUUUCUCGGUGCCAUCGAGACCAUCAUCCAGGCCGACAAUACGUACGCAUCGAUGGUGAAGAACCUGGUCGAGACGACUUUCCCCGGCGAUGUUCUCGGACAAUUGGCGCGUGCCAUCGUGCUCCAGGUCCGGAAAGCCAAGGCCUGGAGUCUGCAGAGCAAAUGUCUCCUCAUGUGGCUGAAGGUACUCGUGAGCUUACCCGAAAUGUCCAUCAAGAAAGGCUCCAAGGCGAAGGCGCGGGACAGCAUUCUCUUCCUUCUCGACGCGCUCGUCCAGCUGGCCUACUCAGAGGUGGGAUGCAUCGAAGACGUCUUCUCGUUUCUACAGGAGUCCGUGGCCAACGUCGCACCGUCGAGCUCCUCCUCCGCCUCGAUGGUACGCUCCGUGAUAAGCUAUGUCGGAUGGGGCUCGGGGUCCAGCUGGCCGAUUCUCGUCCCGCUCCCAUCGACCAAGUUCUCCUGGUUCGCCUGGGCCGGUCUAGUGGCAGAGAGCCGAGUUGAACAGAACAAAGAACCGUGGCGCUAUCUCCUCAAGGAAAUGACGACAAAUUCAAAGCUGAAAGUAGAGAACGCUCUGAAAAUUGUCUCCGGUUACGUGAAGAACACGCCAAGUCAGGAGUUUCUGCUCAUAUAUCGUUGGGCGCAACAGGGAAUCGACACUGAAAUGGAUCAUCCGGCUCUGCCUCUGAUCUGGCAACAGUUUUUCCUCAUGUACCUGCAGAGAGCCCCUCCGAGCGGGAGCGUCGGUUUUCGACUUUUCGAAAACACUACGUAUCACCCUCUGCUGAAACAGGUCAAGAAGAGACUCAACGACACCGCCGAGUUCUACCUCCAGAGACACAGCAACCUCGCGAAAAAUCUCCAGGAACAGCCGUUGGUCGACGUUACCAAGGAGACGGGUCGUGUUCUAGCACGAAUGAACGAAGUUUGUCAGUUGUUCAGCAAAUUGCAGAAGUACUUCAGAACUCUGUAUCUGUGGCUCGAACAGCCUCGCCUGCACGAUCCAAAUGUGUCGUUGCUGGCUUUGCCGGAGCCCUACAACCCAGAGCUGCUGAAGAUACUCCUUUGCGGCAACCAAAAUCAUUGGGACGAUCUCGUGCACCUGGAGGUCGUGGAGGAGAAUCUCGACCGUUUAGCAGAGAGGAAAAGUGCUUUCAAGGCGAAAAAAUCCCUACCGCCACCAAAAAUCGUGGAGAAAACAGUAGAGCAACGUAUUCUCAAACGACUGAAAGGCUACGGAGAGGUCUUGGAGCCUCCCCCGAUACCGAUUAUCAAGUUGGUCAUAGCGGAAAUCACCAAAGACGUUCUCCUUCGCGGCGAAAGACUGUUGAACGACGUGAGAUUAGAGUUGAGAACGAUGAUGGGUCAUGCAAGGGCUUUCAACGCUCAAAGUAUCCAUUUGAAGAACCUCAACAGCAAACACAUCGAGCUCCUGCAAAAACUCUACUCGAACGAAGAUCGCUCCAUACAACUCUACAUGGCUUGUUCUCUCGGUCCGAAAUGCAAGCAGCACGCGCGGCUCGAGUUCAAGUUCCACGAAGCGCACAAGAACAAAAUCGUAGACAAGGAGCUCGAGGAAAACCGUAUCGAGUGGAGCACCGUGCUGUCCGACCUUCGGAGCCCAGCCUCGUCGGCCGUCAUCAACGCCUGCACUUUUGUGGAGUCGUGCAUCACUCAGCUCGUGAAUUGUCUGCGAUUGCAUGAAGACAUCGCUCCUCAACUCCGAGUCACUGGCGGGAAGCUCUUCGCCGACCUUGUCCAGUUCAUGGACAAGGAAUGUCUGGAGCAUACGCCCACCCGCCAGUUCCUAACUCAAUGUUUGGAAGUGGUGGGCCAGGCUGUCAUUUGCCCAGACCCGAAUCAGGCCAUGCCGCUCCUCGAACUAAUUCUCCGAAACCCCCAUCUGGUGAGCUAUCUUUCGCCUUACUUUGCACCGGCCGUGUGCCAGCCAGCCCGCUACGCCGACAUGUACAACAGGUUAUGCUACAGCUUGGGUCCCGCUCUCUAUGAAACCCAGUUCGUGCUGCUGAGCAAGUUUGACAUAGGGUCCUACAUGCGAGCGACUCCUACGAGCGCGUUGGACCGUCAAAACCUCAUUGGAACUCUGGAAGUGGCGCUGCAAAGUAUAGGACGAAAGACCGAGCGAGACAACGCGCUCAACAGAAUAGCGGCUGUCUACGUGAAUCAAAUGAGAGAUCUAUUGGCAGUCAACGAGUUCGAGCAUUUUUUCCAAAUUCUAAAUGUGCUAUUGAACGGCGUACGCCAGAACAACAUUCCGCUGGAGACGUUCGAUGCCUUCUUCGACACCCUUGGAUACGCGUCGAUCCAGGCUGGCGAUCUGCCGAAACAUUGCGGUCCGCCCGGCGCUGAGCGAGUGAUGGAGAGCUGCCGAAUAAUCUCGGAAUUCUUCAAGAAUUUCCGAAACGAGGACCCCUCGGCUCUCCGCAACGGUCUCUAUUGCCUCCGAGAACAUUACAUUGAACCAAUGGCGAAUGUGAAUGCUUUAGUUUCAAGUCUGUACAUACUUCAAAAAGCACAAGAUCUAGUCCAAACAAUGCCGAGUGCUUCUGAUACAGAUGAGGCUCUACAGGCGAUAUUUGAACUCUACGAACCCUGGCUGGGAACACUGCAACAAGGACAGCAGCUUCUGCUGCCGUGGCUACCGGGUGAGAACGAGAAAGCUGCCGUCAUGCUUCGGAGUUACCGACGAGUGCUCGUUCUCGCUCAGAAUGUCCUCACGAGAGUACAGCGAACGACGUUGAAUACCGUCUGGCAACGCUACUUCACCAGCUACGUGUGGAACAACACCGCAGUUUACAUCAGCACAUUGUACUAUCAGGAGCUACUGCAACUUCCCUGGGACGCUUUCGUGCCGACGAUUCAGGAUUUGCGCCUGAUGACCAAACUCCUAGAACCGAAAUACGUCGAUCAUCUUCCGUUCCUGAACGAGUUAUUCCUUCGCAUCGACUGGCCUUAUCUGCUCGUGGAUGUCGCUCCGCGGAGUGGGCACGACGCUAAGACGGAAAUCUAUUCACGUUUUAGCGAACUGCUCCUCAAAACCGGUUGGCAUCAAGCAAUUAUCGAGUCGAAACGAACUCAAGAAGUUUGCAGAGCUUUAGCGGACGUGGAUUGGAGCUGUAUAUCGGUAGCAUUGGUGAAGGAUUUCCUGAACCUCUUCGCCCUCAGCUGUGACCCCCUGUGUGUGCUGCUACCGGACGAAAAUUCUCAGGACGACGCUCUUCUGAAUUUCAUGCAGCAUUUGUGUUGCAUGAAAACGAUCAACGCGUCGUAUUCAACGCUAGAGAAACAAGCCGCCUACUUUAAUACGACUGCCCGAUUAGUACAAAAAUGCGCUGACACUCCUGGAACGAGGGAUCUAGUCAAAAAUCACCAGUGCGUGUCUCAGAUUGUGCCGAAGCAUUUCGCUUGUGUGGCCGACUUGAUCGAUUCAAGUCAGUUGGAUUAUAAUCAACAAAGUAUUGUAUUAGUUCGCGAGGUGCUGUCGGUGCUCAACGUGGUCGAGAGCAUAGAAUGGGCUCAGGUUCUCACCGACGGCGUCGUCGAAUGGGUCGAAGGGAAUCCCGGCUCCGAACUCAUUCUGCCCUGCCUCAGCGUUGGCAUGACGCUCAACAACCGACAAUCGGUGCCCCGAAUCGUCGAAGCCUGCAUCGCGGCGUAUUCCAAGUCGGAAGUGGAGAUGUUCUCCUCGGACGGCGGCUGGUGCACGAUUCUCAACUCGAUCCAGUUCCCCUCGACGAACGUCGACGAGCUGCUGCAAUCGUGCGUGGAAAACAGUUCGUUCCUGACACUCUACGCCUACGUGCUGCAGAAACUGCCGCAAUGCGGCACGCUCGAGAACGAGCUGCAUUUGUUGGCUAAGAUAGUCGAGUGGGUCGUGGGAACGGUUCCGACAAAUGACGAGUCUGAGCCGAAAAUUCUUCUGCUCUGGGAGAAAUUACUGGUGUUGUGCUUGAGGCAAUUGGAAUGUGACGGAGAUGUCCGCAUCAUCUAUCGGCAUCUGCAGCUCUUCCUCGAGAGUCUCAUGCAGAGCAGCGAGGACAAGAUCAGCGGUGGAAUCCUAGGAGCCAUCGGAUUCGGAAGGCGCUCACCGUUCUCAUUGACGUUCAGAUUCAAUUGCCGCGUCAUGGCAGCUAUAAUUGCUCAGCAUCUCACCGAUGACGGACUCGUCUUGUUAACCAAGAAUCACUCAAGCAGAGAGCACAAACAGCACCGUGCGGCUCAGGAAGCUGUAUAUAAGGUAAAAGCUAUGCAAGGUAACAAGUUAUACGCCGAGCUGCAGAACGAAGUCAACACGGCGAUCAAAAUGGUAAAUUCAAUGACUCUGGAAGAAUCUCAGGAUGUGGUCAAGCAACUGGUGAAUUUCUUCUAUCCGACUGUCGCUUAUCUCAAAGUAUUGUUCUUCGGGGUGCUCUGAACGUGCCUUGUUUCCCGAGCGCGGCGGAUGAACUUCAGGUGCCGUCGUGCUUCAUUCGGAAAUCGAAUUAUCUGCUGAGUAGAACGUCUGAGGUUCUUCUAGGCACACAUU